UACAUUAAAUUACCACUUUACUGUAAAAUAUAAACAUUGACAUGCUGUCAUUUCAGAAUGACUUUACAAACACUCUGCAAAGCAACAAAGUUUGCAGUGACAGCUAUUUAUAGACCAUCAUUUUUGUCAUUUAGUGUGAGACAUCUAAGAGACAGAGGACACUCAAAAAGACGAAGUCUUUCAGCCACAGAGUUCAAAGAAUUUUUGGAUGUUGAUGAUGAAGACACUUCUUCAGAGGACAUCUUACUUGAUGAUCUUGUUGGAGGAUCAGAUAGAAGACAUUUUGAAGAAUUUAUCACCAAUGCAGAUUUCAGGGAUCCAGAUAUAAGGAGAGAUUUGGAAAGAUUAGCCAAAUUGGAGAGGAAUAAAUUGAAGAAAAAAAUCAUAGAAAGGAAAUACUUUAAAAAGAAUCCGGAGAAAAAUGUACUGACAUGGCAAGCUAAAGAACAAAUGAGAUAUCUAAACCAGGAGUACCCUGAGGAGUGGACAGUUGACAAACUCAUUGAGAGUUUCCCGGUGAGUAGGGAAGGAGUUAUUGGCAUCUUAAAAUCAACAUAUCUUCCUUCAGAUGAAAAGGAGAUAAGGAAGCAUGAUGAUAAAGCCAUUUUAAAUAUAAAUGAUAUAAAGAAAAAGUUAGCAGAUGAUACUGAAACAAUAGAUAGUGAAGAAAGAGAGGAAUUGGAAGAUAAAAUCUUAAAAAUUGGAAGUGCUGCUGGAAUAAAAGACCUGCCAUUGACAAAAGUAGUGACCAGAAGAACAAUAGCUGCAGAGAGUAAAUUAUUAAAACUGCCUAAAAAAAUUGGACCAUUCACAUCCAUGUUAAUGUAUUAUGAUAGAGUGGUAGAAGGUGAUACCCAGAUUCAAGAUCACAAAUAUGUGUUAUUGCCUGAACCAGUCAGUGAUGAAGGCAGACAAACUAUGAAAGUGAAAGGUCAAGAGAAAGAACAAGUUGAGAAAGUUGUCAAACAAAGUGGCAAUUUUGAAUUAAAUUUGUCAGAUGAAAAAAAUUCAUAUAAAAAAGAACAGAGGCCUAGAUUGAUACCUAAUUCUAAAGAUGAUUUAUUUGUCAAUAAAAACAAUAAACUGAGUCGAGCAAGACAGAAUAGGGCGGCAGAUACAUUGGAUGACUUCCAAGAAAUACCGAACGAGAAAACUAACACAAUGAACAAAUACAGGAAGCAAAAUACUUAUGAUACUUUUUCAAAUUUCAAUCUUGAUACACAACCAGGAAGUAAAGAGUGUUUGAACAAAUUUACAAAACAAGCAAAGGAUCACUCAUCGGUCAAUUUUAACUUUGAUUUAAAGCCAAAAAACAAAUUUACAGUUAAAUGUUUACACCAGAGCAACAGAUCAGAACAGGUUAAUUCAGAGUUAAAAAAUUUACAGAAUGAAAAUAUCAAAUUUUCUGACAAUUACCAUGGUAAAAAAAGUUUUCAGAAAUGGAAUCCAAAGUCAGAACAAUAUAGUCAAGAUUCCUUUGGGAAAAUUGUGACUGAAAAAGUUCCUUAUACUAACAGAACUUAUAACGAGUCAAAUGAGGAAAUGAAACCAGUCAGAAUUUCAAGGAGACGUCAGACAUCAUUUUACCAGAAAGGAAAAACUGUUUAUGAUGAUCAAGGAGACUUUUUGUACAAAGUCCCAUAAUUGCGAUCUGAAUGAAUAUUGUAUAGUAUCAUAAGUUGCGAAAGAAGAUUUUUACUUCAUUUAAUUCACAGCUUUCCAUGGCACCAAAAAAAAACUGCCAUCUAUGAACUGAGA